AUGGAGCGCCCUGAGAGAUCAUACAACUGGGCUUCCAACCGUGCCAGAUACGAGUACAACGAAAACGCCGUAGGAAAAGACGGUGAAGCCCCACGCGACGAAAAGCUCGAAAGUGAGUUGUUCGAGCAAGCCUCUGAAAACCAGACUAGUCUUGAUUUCUCCAAGUACGAAUCUAUCCCUAUCCGCGUUGAGCGUGGUGAGGCCCCCCGCCCUAUCGUUACCUUCGAUGCAGCCGAUCUUCACCCUGUCAUGAAGGACAACGUAAGAUUGUUGGGUUAUGCCAAGCCAACUCCUGUCCAGACCUAUUCCAUCCCCAUUGUUACCUCUGGCAAGGAUCUCAUGGCCUGUGCCCAGACUGGUUCCGGAAAGACUGCUGCUUUCCUCAUCCCUACCCUCAGUAACCUAUUCAAGCACGGUAAGGAGUGGGCCCAACCUCGCCCUGCCCCUUAUGAGCAGCGCCAGUUCAAGGCCGAGCCCUUGGUUCUUAUUUUGGCCCCUACUCGUGAGUUGUGCUCCCAGAUCUUCGAUGAAUGCAGAAAGUUCACCUACAGAAGUAUGCUCAGACCUUGUGCUGUCUACGGUGGUGCCGACAGUCUUUCCCAGCUCCGCCAGCUUGAGCGCGGUUGCGAUAUCCUCGCCGCUGCCCCUGGUAGACUUAUGGAUUUCAUUGAGCGUGGAAAGAUUGGUCUUGGUCGUGUCCGUUACUUGGUUCUCGAUGAAGCCGAUCGUAUGUUGGACAUGGGUUUCGAGUCCGUCAUUCGUGCAAUUGUAGAGAAGAAGGGUUGUAACGUCGAUCGUCAGACUCUCAUGUUCUCCGCUACCUUCCCUCGUGCCAUCCGUAAGCUUGCCCGUGAUUUCCUCAAACCCGACUAUCUUUUCUUGAAGGUUGGUCGUGUCGGUGGUACCACAAGCUCCAUCACCCAGAAUGUUGUCUACGUCGAAGAAGAAAACAAGCGUGAAUCCCUCCGUGAACUUCUCAACUCCCAGCCCCCUAGCCGUACUUUGAUUUUUGUUGAAACAAAGCGUAGUGCUGACAGUUUGGAUCAAUACCUUUAUGAGCGCAGCUUCCCCUCGACCUCCAUCCACGGUGAUCGUACCCAGAUCGAGAGAGAAGAUGCUCUUCUUGCUUUCAAGAGUGGUCAGUGCCCUAUCCUUGUCGCCACUGCUGUUGCCGCCCGUGGUAUUGAUAUCAAGAAUGUCAUGCAUGUCAUCAACUUCGAUAUGCCCAACGAUAUGGAUGAAUAUAUUCACAGAAUUGGCAGAACUGCUCGUGUCGGAAAGUCUGGUUUGGCCACUUCCUUCUAUAACGAUCGUAGUUCCGCAUUGGCUUACGAUCUUGCUAAGCUUCUCAAGGAGUGCAAGCAAGAGAUCCCCGAGUUCCUU